CAGAGAUCGAAGGAACUGAGGAAGGAUACGCCAUAGCCAGAGAGAUUGAAGGAAUUGAGAAAGGAUGUUUGCGACAGCGAUAAGGUUGGUAGGGAGGAAACCAAAACCAAAGAUGAAACCCAUUAAGCUUAAAACUCCACCCGAGCAGACACAAACCAUCACCAGAACCAUCUUCGAUAUCGUCAAGGAGCAUGGACCUCUCAAUAUUGCCGAAACCUGGGAUCGUGUAAAGGAUGUUGGCUUGAGAGGCUUGACAAGCAAAGGGCACAUGAAGAUAGUUUUAAGAUGGAUGAGGGAAAGACAAAAGCUUAAACUUAUAUGCAAUCAUGUAGGGCCCCAGAAGAAAUUUCUGUAUACGACAUGGUUCACAAAUCCAAAUACAAUGCAUACAAAGCCGGGAACUGAUACUUCCUCACUAAAUACAAAGCAGAUAUUGUCAGGAAGUGGUAUUUCCCGGCCAAAGUCAUCAUAAACCCUAUAACGCGGUGUCUGAUUAUGAACCAAGGAUUUAACGGAGCUUUCUAUCAUUGAGUAGUUUAUUGUAUUUCAAGUAUCGCACUAUUUUGCUGCGGUUAUUGUUCUUUCUUGUAGACUUUACAUUGCUUUUCUUAUUAACUGCUAUGCUUUAUUU